UCCGCUUCGCGCUUCCGAUCAGCUGAUCAAUCAUCAUGGAAACGUUAACGGACGAGGACUAUGUUCCGGCGCCAAUUAAAUACGAAUAUCUGGAUCAUACAGCAGAUGUUCAGAUCCACGCAUGGGGAGAAACAAUGCAAGAAGCCUUCGAGCAGUGUGGAGUAGCAAUGUUCGGUUACAUGACCGAACUGGACUCAGUCGAAAUCUUCAUGACACAUAACAUCGAAGCAGAAGGUGAUGACAUCCAAGCACUCCUCUACCAUUUCCUCGAUGAAUUACUCUUCAUGUUCUGUGCAGAGCCUUUCCUAGUCGCUAAGAAAAUAAAAAUAACCGAAUUCGACCUACAGAAUUUCAAACUCAAAGCAACAGCAUAUGGAGAAGAAUUUAUGCUUGGUAAACACCCCCAAGGGGCGGAAAUAAAGGCGAUAACGUAUUCAGCAAUGCAAGUUUUAGAUCGACCAGAAGUCCCUCGUCCUGAAAUAUUUGUCAUCGUCGAUAUUUGAUUGAUAAUUCCUACUAGAUUGAUGUUCUUGUCCCCAGUAUACAUCUCUAACAUCUGCACCUUCAACUGCUUCAACAAAAUUCUUUACAAUCUCACCCUCUCCUCCCUCUCCCCUCAUCACUCGUUUCCCAAGAUUUUUGGAAGGAAAGAGACAGUUAAAACAACAGUCGGAGGGGUGGAAGCCUCGGGAAUUUGUCGUUUAUACGCCUGGAGUUUCUUUUCAAAUAAAUACGUUACGACUUUAACUAAACACCGGGCCCAACCUCUCCCCCUCCAGCCUGUUAUACAUUUAUCCCCUCUGUAAUUUCUCGAUAAUCCGGCCUACUAACUCCUCAGGGAUGUGACGACUUAUGACGUCACCCAAAAUGAAAAAAAAAAAACUAGGGGAGAUUGGGGCAGAACGAGAUGUAUUUAAUUUCAAUUCGCGAUGGGUAGAGUGAAAUUUUGCCGAUCCUCGACCAUUUUCAAAUUUUUUUUUUCAGUUUCAAGAUGAGACCAGAUUCAUUCUAGUCGUAUCACUCAAUGAGCUGAUAUUAGGAAUAAAAAAAGGCCCAUCUGCCUCAUUCUCUCCUGAUGCGUAACCAAAUUUUCUAUUAUUCGUUGAAUUUUUUUAAUCAACUUUUCAUUUAAACAGGACAAUUUUUGGCAUUUGUUGUUCAUUCCGCCGUUAUUAUCAUUUAAAAAUAAUAUGAAUAAUAUAAAUAAUUAUGAAUUAUUUGAGACUAAUUGUCGCGAAUAAUAACCACCACGGAUGAAAAAAAUUAAUAAAAAACCUAGCGAAUUCGUUAGAAAAUUCUAUUGGGUUUCUGUUCAACUUUC